AUGGCAGCUGCCAGCACCACCGAUCAAGGUGUAGCCGUUAUCAACGACAGCCCACUGUGCAAGCUCCUCUCUUCCGGCGACGGUCGGCACGUCACGUUCCGGGUCGACUACGCGGCCGCGAGGCGACCCGCCGUCGCCGGCCGUACGCUGCGCACGACGUGCGCCAUCGGCGACAGCGGCGCGUACAGGUGUGAGGCGUCCUUCAGGCUGCUGAUCGGGCGGAGAAAGCUGGCCGCCUUCGCCGUGGUUGUGUCCGGCCCACGCUACCGAGACGUGCACAAGGUGGUGGUCGAUCUCGUCCUCGUCGACAAUGCCAGGUCGGUGGCCCUGCAGCCGCCUACGAGAUCCAUGGCUAUCCAGGCCGCCGCCGGGAGCAACCAAGGAGGGUGCGGGUUGCUCGUCUCCAAGGAUUACCUCGAGGAGAACUGCGUGCAGGAUGGCGUCCUGGUGGCGGUGUGCUCCGUGCUCUUUCUCCCGGAGUUGCCACCUUGCCUAUGGCUGGACUCGCUAGGCCACCGUCUCGCCGCCAUGUCGAACAAGAAGGACAGUACUCUCACCGACGUAUGCUUCGACGUCGAUGGCGAGAGGUUCAACGCGCACCGCCUGGUGAUGGCGGCGCAGUCGGAGGUGUUCAGGAGCUUGCUGUUCGGCUCCGAUGACGCCGAGACCAAGACGGAGACCGCAGUCGUCACCAUCGACGGCAUCAGCGCCACCACCUUCAAGCACAUGCUCCACUACAUCUACUGCAACCAGCUACCGCCACCGGCCACCGGCGACGGUGACGACGAUGACGGCGAGGCAGACCAUGUCACGAGGAUCGCCGAGCUGCAGCGGCUGCUCGUCGCGGCCGACGCGUACGGGGUGGAGGCGCUGAGGCAGGCGUGCGAGGACACGCUGUGCGCCGGGAUCAACAUGGACACGGUCGCCUCGACGCUGGCGCUGACGGAGAAGGGGUCGUACCCGAAGCUGAGGGGGUCGUGCCUCGAGUUCCUGUCCAACACGCAGAUUUACUCGGUGGCGACCAACGACGAGUGCUACGAGGUGGUGCAGAGCUACCCGGACGUGCUGACGGAGAUACGGGACAGUUGUCUAAUAUAUUAUCGUUAUGCUACUUUCGUCGUUGUUACUGAGUUAGAGCUUUGGUUGUUUGUUGCUGCUACUAAUGGUUCCAUGCGGUUGCUGCUGCAUGGUCUGCUGCUGGCUGCUGCUGCAUCGGACAGAGAGGAGAAGGUUCAGAGUGCAGAGGAUCAGGAGAACAGGAGGAAGAAGGGAAGGUACACAUUGAGAUCGGCAUGCAAGGGCGGGAAGUAG